AUGCCAGGGGUAUCAUGGCCUGUCGAAGCCGAACCGCCAAAUGUGACGUGUACAGGGCCCAUGACCCUGUCACUCGGCACGGUAUCCGAGCAGGGCAGCGAAUUAGCCAACUGGCUGACUACAGCGCCGACUGUACUCAUAAACCUGGGAGGCGGCUUUGAGUACUCGGUGAUGCAGGCGACUGCAAUGGCGCAAGCUAUAGCUAGGGUACUAAAGGAAACCGAUGUCCAGAUUCUGUGGAAAGUCCGGAUGGAUUGUGUCUAUGGUGACGAUCUCAUGAGCCCUCUCGUCCCCUUUACCGACAAUGGGAGGGUCAGGGUAGUGCGCUGGUUGGCAGCCGACCCGCCAUCUCUGCUGGAAUCGGGGCACGUCAUUGCGUCGGUCCACCACGGUGGCUCUGGAUGUUACCAUGAGGCGAUUAGUGCUGGCGUCCCUCAGGUUGUUCUCCCGCUGUGGCUUGAUCUCUACGGUCUCGCACAACUCACUGAGUCCAUCGGAGUUGGUGUGUGGAGAUGCCGGAAGACCAGUCCACAGUGGACAGCCGAGUGUCUACAGGAAGCUAUCCUCAGAGUCGUUAGUAGCAACGGAAGCCAAUCGUUUAGGGAGAAGUCGAGAGAUCUUGGACUGCGCGCCCAGGAGAGCCCGGGUCGAUACGUGGCGGCACCAGUGAUUGUGGUGUUGGCAGGUUCUGGCGCGUUCAAACCAAAAGUAGCGAUUUAG